CUGUCGCUUCCCGCCAAAUUCAGGCCACGGCCCCGAGCCCCGCACAUUAGUCCAAACAUAAACAUGGCAGGCGGAGACUCACAAAUGGAGGUUGAUGCACCCAAGGAGUCUAAAAACAAUGACAAAGCUUCAGCCUCGGGGACAUCACACGCACCAUGGAUUGAAAAAUACCGGCCCACAACUUUUCCUGAAAUUGUUGGCAAUGAAGAAACUGUGGCAAGACUAGAAGUGUUUGCCAAACAAGGCAAUGUUCCCAACAUUAUUAUUGCUGGACCACCUGGUGUAGGGAAGACAACCACAAUAUUGUGUCUGGCUAGAGCACUUCUUGGUCCAAGUUUCCGAGAAGCAGUGAUGGAAUUGAAUGCUUCAAAUGACCGUGGCAUUGAUGUUGUUCGGAAUAAGAUCAAGAUGUUUGCACAGCAGAAAGUUACACUUCCAAAGGGAAAACAUAAGGUUAUAAUUUUGGAUGAAGCUGAUAGCAUGACUGAUGGUGCCCAGCAAGCCUUGCGAAGGACCAUGGAGAUUUACUCCAAUACCACCCGCUUUGCCCUGGCUUGUAACUCCUCAGAAAAGAUUAUUGAGCCUAUUCAGUCACGGUGUGCUAUGCUGAGGUAUUCUAAACUUACUGAUGCUCAGAUACUGAACAAACUUCAGCAUGUAUGUUUUAAGGAAGAUUUGAGUUAUACAGAUGAUGGGUUGGAGGCUAUACUCUUCACAGCCCAAGGAGAUAUGAGACAAGCUCUCAACAACCUCCAGUCUACUGCACAAGGCUUUAGCCAUGUGUCCUCAGAAAAUGUAUUCAAAGUUUGUGAUGAGCCACAUCCAGUGAUGGUAAAGGAAAUGAUUCAACAUUGCACUAAGGCCAGCUUUGAUGAAGCUUAUAAGAUACUGGCACAUCUUUGGAAGUUGGGUUAUGCCUCUGAAGAUAUCAUCUCCAUUAUCUUUAGAGUAUGCAAGAAUACAGAUAUGGCAGAAUUCCUCAAAUUAGAAUUCAUAAAGGAAAUAGGUUACACACACAUGCGCAUUGUGCAGGGAACUUCAUCACUUCUCCAGCUUUCAGGACUUCUUGCAAAGUUAUGUUCAAAAUCUCUUGACCUCAUCCAGGUGUAGGUUUCCCAUAUAGUAAAACUUGAGUUGUAUUGAUUCUGUUUGUAGUUUAUGACUGAAUAAAUCUUGUCUAUGUA